GUUCAGCUGAAAUCUGACCAUGAAGCUGCUUUCAUUCGUCCUCCUCCUGCUGGCUCCUCUGUUGACCAGCUGCUACCCGCUCGUUCUGCCUUUGGACUGCAGCGACAUUCAUGAUAAUGAUAACAGCCGACCCAGUGGAGUGUACACCAUCUAUCCCAUCGGACCCACGUCUGCUGUCCAGGUGUACUGUGACAUGGAAUCACAAGGAGGACACUGGACGGUGUUCCAGAGGAGGCUGGACGGCACGGUGAACUUCUACAGGGGCUGGGAUCAAUACAAGACCGGCUUUGGUAUCGCUGCUGGAGAGUACUGGCUCGGUCUCGAGUCUCUCUACCACCUGACUCAGAGGAAAAGGUACGAGCUGCUGGUCGACAUGGAGGACUUUGAAGGAAACAAAACAUUCGCUUGUUACUCCUCGUUCUCCAUCGACGCUGAGUCCUCCGGAUACACACUGCAUGUUUCUGGUUUCACUAAUGGAGGAGCAGGAGACUCCCUGAGUUAUCACAACGGACAGAAGUUCUCCACCUUCGACAGAGACCAGGACUCCUCUGAUACUAGGAACUGUGCCAGAUCAAACCUGGGGGCCUUCUGGUACAAAAGCUGUUACUCUACAAAUCCAAACGGUGUUUAUCGUUGGGGGAAUGACAGCUCUCUCUCUUCUGUUGGAGUGGAUUGGGUACAAUGGAAAGGUCGUAACUACUCCCUGAAGACCAUCAGCAUGAAGAUCCGUCCUGUGCAGUAGUUCUCCAGGACCAACGUACAGCAGAAUAUCAGCUCAUCUCUUCUGAUUUAUUUCUCUUUCUCUCAUUAAGCAUUUAAUCUCACAACAGGUCUUAUCUUCCUUCGUGUUACCGUCUGUGAUGGUUUAAAUCAGUCGCAGCUCGCUGCAACGUGGAAGAAAAGUCAGAUGUGUCUCCAGUUGGGCGGCUGCAGCAGGAAAGUAGGGCCCAUAAUCUUUAAAUGGAAACACAUAUAUAGUCUGAUCAGGUGUUAAUCACUGCAUGAACUGAUAAUAUAAGUCUAAAAGAGAGACAGAAGUAAAGAAAAUGAAAAGUAUAAAAAGAUCUUUGCAGUUCAGGACAGCCAGUUGAUGUUUGGUGGAGGUUAGAAACUCUAAUGUGAAUCUUUAUCUGCUGGACGGUGACAAUAAAUAAGAAGCUGAGCAUUAAGAUG